AUGGAUCAAGAUUCACUGGAUUUGAAUGGGCUGUCUCGGAGCUUCACCAGAAAUUCUGUAUUAAUUUCUCGUAAGUUUUUAUUUAACGAUCAGUUCCUCUCUGAAAAUCUAUUUUUCAGAUGCGGGUGUAGAUCAAUCAUUUUCGGUCUAUCAACACGCGCUAACUUCACACUUUUCCCGAAAUCCUUCAGUUUGGAAAAUGUACGUGUUUUUUUUACGUAAAAUUAAAUGAAAAUAAUUUUUUAUAGAAACAACAAACCAUUCCCUCAUCGGCUAACAUUUCCUCUGAAAUUUGUGCCCUACGAGGAGAAGCUCUGUUUCGGACCGCAAAUAUCACCGACGGAAAUUACAAAAAUCGCCUACUUGCACAUUUUCAACAUAAAUGUGACGUCCGCCGAUGAUUAUCGAGCCAAUGUGCGACACAACGUUUCCGAUUGGUUUGCAAAGGUUUCGAGCAAUUUUAGAGGUCCAUAUUUAAACAAAGAAAAACGGUUUUCAGUUGAAUUCGAAACCAGAUGUUCAGUGGAUAAUUGUGAUCAACACAACUCGGGCGAAAGAUCGAAAAACAAAGACCGCGAUUAUGGAAAAAAUAAAAACGGACUUUGCCAAGUAUAUUGGACGACUGUUCGAGCUGCCCGACACUUCUGAUCAAACUGCUUUCGUCGCUUUCGUCCAGGGAAUUCAACAGUUCCUGUUCACUCAUCUGAAUUUAGUCAUGGAAAUCUGGGAUAAGUCACUGAAGACGGCGUACGAACGAAGGAAGCAGCACAGUUGGGAGCCAUUCGCCUACUUCUCCUCCAUGACAGAGUACGGCAGAAUGUUCUGGAGCUUCGGAGCCAUCGAAUACUGCAUCUCGAUUUUCGACGAUCUGGAGCAGCUUCUUCACGACUUUGUGCUCCGAUCUGCCGAGCCCGACUCUCCGAAAUGGCUUGCUCAGAUGCUCAACACUAAAGUUGAGGAUCGCCCGAGUGUUCUCGGCAACUUUUCUGUGCAACGACUGCAGAAGAAAGAAGCACAUUACUUGGGAAUGAGGAAUUAUUUGCUCUGUCAGCAGAUUGUCAUGGCCGUUCAUCUCUAUCAACACAAGAUGAAAUCGAACGACGCCGCGCCUUCCCUGAGAUCCGAUUGUGCCGUGGACAUUCUGAAGAGAGCGCUGAUCACAAUUGAGGCGGUGAAGGAGUUCAAUAGUCUGAUGAACGUGAGGUCACAUAAUUCUGUUAUUUCUAACGUUUUAAUUUUCAGAAUAAGCGUGACGUGGCAAUUACCUGUUGUUGGACGUGGUGGACUGUCAGUGAAUCCAUUCAAAUCUGCCAGCUGCUAUGCGACAUCUCUCAUCUGAACAUCGCUCCGAUUGUCCUUUCCCGUCUGCAAUUGGCUCGAUUCGAUGCUCUUUACGUGCUCGCGAAGCAGAUGAAACUGAAUCCGGAUGACGCCGAACAACUGGGAGAAUGGCUCGAACUUCAAAAGAGUUCGGAGUCGAAAGUUCUGAAGAAUGUGCUUGGAUCGACGGAACAGAUGUGUGUUGAGAUCGAGAAGGCGCAUGACGUCUGUGUGAGCGCUCUGCAUCACUCGAAUCGUCACAGAUUCGUUCUGCACAUCAACUACAAACUAUUUUCCUACUUGAAAAGUGUCAAUGCCAAGUGUCCGCAUCAAAAGAUCGCGAUCGGACGACAAGUUCUUAAGACGAUGCCUGCUCAGCCGACCACCGCUAAUUUACUGAAGAAUCUGUGCUCGGAGCUCAUUAAUUCGGAUUCAAUGUCCGACGAGAUCCUCUCCUUGAUCUUCUUCAUUUCCCAAUGUGAACAGGGGAAAGAUGAUGAAAUUAACGGAAAAUUCCUGAAAAGGUGUGAAGAAAGAGCCGAGAAGCCACUUGAUCUACGCUCGAUCUGCGACGAAGAGCUGUUCAAAGUGCAAAUUGAAAAUUUUGAAGCGGUGCAAACGACGGAUUCUACUCUAGAAGUACGGUGUAUUCUUGAUUCAAAGCUCGGAUUCGCUCUGAAGAACGCGAAAGCUCGCUUGCACUUCUCUGGAGACCCAGCCAGUUCUGUGGCUCAAGCACCCGACUUGUCAGUGCUCUCGUUGCAAUAUGAGGUAACAUUUGGCUCGAAAACGUAUGGACACUUCUUUGUUUUAUUUUCAGAAGAAGGAGAACGUGUGUCGUCUGGUGUCCGAGUUGAAGCUGAAGAAUCAAAGUCAGCAGUCGGCAAACGAAGAAAAUGAGCAGAAAUUGGUAGUUGAGAGUGAAGAAAUUGUCGUGGAGGUCGGAGAGAAUCAAAUUGUAUGACAAAAUCAAGAAAUCAGAAAAUAGUCAUGACUAUUUUCAGAAUUUCAAAGCUCCAAUCACAAAAAUCGGUUGUUUUGUCCUCGAGAAAGUUUCCAUUUCCACUGAUUCUCUAUUCUUUGACACUCCGCACGUGAUCACCCGCAGGCCGCCCGCUCUGUACUGUAUUUCCACACCGCAUUCGGUCUCUGCGCUGAAUGAUUCUCAACGUGAGUGCUUCCGAAGCGCAGUCCUUCUAGAGCCUGUACACACUUUCAGAUUUCUACGCAGGAGUCAUGCAGGAUCUGGAGAUUGAGGUGGAGGCGAUGUGUCCGAUCGCCCACGAGACCACCCUGGAAAUCGAGGCCAGCACCGAGAAAUUUCAGUUUUUGAAGGACGGCGAAUGGGGAAAUGAUCUUCAGUUGGCGCUCAGACCGUUUGAAUCGUUGGAGACGCGGGUGAUUCACGUGCAAAUCUGGCUAAAGAUCGACUCGAGCAUCUGCGAGUCGGCAUCCGUGCAAAAACGAUCGGUAAGACUCGGAGUUAUCAGCUCAGCACGGAAGAGGAGAGGCGCGUAG